CAGCAUAACUCAACCUCUUCCUCAUCUCUAGCUACCUUUGUUGUCCUCUUGCAACCACCCCUCUCCUUCUUGGAAAAAAUCACCCAAUUAAUGCACUUUCUAUAUAUACCACAUUCCCUUCUUCUUCUUCUUCACCCAUUCUCAUCCAUCUCUCUCUUUCUUCUUCAUCCAUAAUGGCAUCACAAAACCCACAACCCCAUCAUUUCCAUGACUCCCUUCCAUUCAUGGCGAACAAGCUAGGCGGUGACGGCCUCAUAGACGAGCUCUGCAAUGGGUUCAACCUCUUGAAGGACUCAGACAAAGGUGUCAUCACUUUCGACAGCCUCAAGCAGAAUUCUGCCUUGUUAGGCCUGCAAGGUUUCAGCGAUGAGGAUCUUCGCUCGAUGCUCCGGCAAGGUGAUUUUGACGGCGAUGGCGCGCUUAGUCAGCUGGAGUUCUGCGUGUUGAUGUUUAGAUUGAGCCCUGAACUCAUGGAGGGGUCUCAGUUGUGGUUGGAGGAAGCCCUUCAGCAAGAACUUAGAGAUGAUGGUUGUUGAUGUUGUUGUGCUUUGUUUUGUUGUGUUUCUUUGGUCACUUUUGGAAAUUGAAACGUACAUGUUUGACUAGUGAGAAGAGAGGGGGAAAAAUAGCAUUUGAGAAUUCGAUCCUCCAUGUAUAUUUCUCAGUUGAAAUAAAUUAUUAUGCCCAUUGCUAGCGUUUUAAUUAA